AAGUGGUUUGAAAAUGAAAACUUGAAAAGCCAUAGCAGUUUAGAGCACAGAAAACAAACCAAGGAUCCUCCAAUUUCCCUUUGUUUUCUGUGGUUUAGAGUUUAGACUGAUUCAGUUCAGCUGAGUUUUUUAGUUCUUUCAGUUGUUGCAGUUUUACUUACAAUUAAUCCCUUCUUUAUCUGUUUCUUUCUACAAAUAUUAGUAAGUUGGUCUUUAUCCUCCUAACCAAUCAACACUAUCUGGUAAACAGUUGUAAGUCUGCAUGCCUACUAGCAUCAGAUAAUUUUUUAAUAAUGCCAAAUCCAAAUCAAGUAAGGAUAGUCGUAAUUGACUACUACAUGUCUUCCCCAAUACCUGGACUAGAUUUAACAUAUUCUGAAUUUCGUAGUUCUGCAAUUACACAUGUUCCUGUGCUAAGAUGUUUUGGAUCAGAUAAAAAUGGAAAAAAAACAUGUGUACAUAUUCAUGGAGUAUUUCCUUAUUUAUAUAUUCCAUAUAAUGGGAAAGGAAAUUCAGAGGAGCAUAUGUACAAAAUAGCAAUGGCAUUGGAUAAGGCUAUAAAUAUAUCAUUUAAUCAAGCCAGCUCAAAUGCUCAACAUGUUUAUAAGAUAUGUUUGGUAUCUGGAAUACCGAUGUACGGAUAUCACUUAAACCAGCACCAAUUUUUUAAAAUAUUUCUGUAUAAUCCGGCCCUCAUUGCAAAAGUAGGAGAUAUAUUACUUAGAAGAACGGCUUUGGAUGAAAUUUAUCAGCCACACGAAGCCCAUCUAAAUUUUACCCUUCAGUUUAUGAUCGACUAUAAUCUCCAUGGAAUGAGCAGUAUGUUAAUUUCUGAUAUUAAAUACAGGACGAAUCCUGAUGAAAAGUAUUCUGAUCUGGACGAAACUUUGCGUCGACCAAAUAUAAUUAAGAGAACCUCAAUAUGUGAACUAGAAGGUGAUAUAAACGCUGAACAUAUCCUAAACAGGCAAGAAACCGUAGGCGUUAAUCCAGGCAUUGCCGCUUUGUGGGAUGAUGAAAAGCUGAGAAGAAGGAAUAAGGGUGAAAACUCGCAGUUAGGAAAUUUUUUAGAACUACAGGAUAUUGAUACAGAUUCUACAAAAACUCACUUGAUAUUUCAGCAGAGUCUUAGAGAACGACUAGCUGUUUUAGUCACAAAUGAAGAUAUACAAAAACAAAGUCUGGAUGUAUCAAUCUACCCAGCAGAAAUUCCAAGACAUACCAAAUCGAAUUUCCAAAAUGCAUCACAAAUUGAUAUUCAUUCUACUUCCUCACUGGAGUUAUCAUUAGAUGAAACUUUUAGCGUUACUUGUAGUCAGGGCUUAUAUGAUACUAUAACGCCUAACGAGUCACAAUUUGAUGUUAGUCUUGAUGAGGAAGCACAGGAGUUUUUAAAUAUGUUGCAACAUAUGGCUAAUGACAAGGGUGCACAAAAUGGAGUUGAAGAAGAUGAAGAAUGUAUUCUAUCCCAGGUGGAGGCAGAAGAUGUAAACGAUGACUCUAAUGAACAUUUUCUUGAUUUAAGUAUGCCAUUGGAAUCGCUCGCGACACCUACAAAAAGUACUAAUGAGAAUAUUUUGCAAUUGGAUGGUUUUGUGGAUGAUUGGCUUUCUGAUUCUGAUAACGAGUCAUUGGCCACGUUACGUAAAAAAUGGCAUUGCGAACAACCUUCUUCUCAAUUAACAGGCAGGCAGUAGCCGCGUUUAUUAAUUAUUACUUGGCUUCUCAAAGUGGUGAGAGAUAAGUAAUACCCGAGUCCGUGAUGUCAUAAUUACUAUCCGUAUAGCAACAGAGCAGAGGAAAAUGUCACAUCGGUCAGAUUAAAAUGCAGCAAAUCAAUGCCACUUCUAGAGUCCACGUGCCAAGUUCACAAAAACCAAAAUAAUUUAUUUAAGCAUAAAGAAGUACAACCUGACAAAUUAAAACUAAAUGUCGUCGUCCUACUUGAGCGCAUUCAAGUUGAAAAAAUAGCUAACAUAGAACCUUUAGAUUUGAUAAAAACAUUAAAUAAAAAUGUUGCUGCGGUAAAGUAUCCGUAUUUUAAUAAACGUAGUCCCGAAGAUAUAUUUGAAGAUAAUAUGCGGCUGAUUAAAUUUAGAAUGGAACGAUUAAUUAGCAGGAGAAAACUCAAGGUUAUUGGGGACAAGUUGAGGAUCAAAUAUAAAAAAGCAGUAAAAUUGUCGAAGAAAAUCAGUUUGUCGCCAAAAUUUAACCUCGUUUCUGCAAAACGGCGGUGGUUAGAGUCUGAAGAAAAAUUCGCCCUAAAAUCCACGGUAUUAAGCCAGAUGCUUAAAUUAACACAAAACUAUAUUGACCCAGAUAUAUACAUUCUUCUAAAAUUUCAUAUGGGUUCAUUUUUUUUUUAUUAUGGAGGCGAAACUGAUCCAACCGUUAUAGAAGUCCCAGAAGAUAUUUCUAGUUCAGAAAUUAAUUUCUUGAUAGACACGUACAAACAUGAUAGUGUAAAAUACGUAAAACAAAAGUUUAAACGUAAGAAAGUAGCUUGGUUACAAAGAGAAAUAUGUAAUAUGAAUCGGAAGCUAUCUAUUAAUAAGAAAAAAUCGGUGAUGCCAAGGCCGUGCGAUUUAAAAAAAGAGCUGUUUGUUGCAGUUGAAAAAUGCCUAUUGUCGGAACGUUUGGAAACUAAUUCUAAUGAAAAUCGGCGUAAGCCACAAGUGAAAAAAGAGAAUAAUUCGCUAAUGCGCGAAGUGAGUAACGCAAAUACGAAACUACAAAACCAUAUUGACUUUUUAUUUGGGUGCGGUAUAGUUAAAAACGAACUCCCUGAUAAAUUAAAUAAAAUAAAGUGCUUAGAGCCUAUGGUUAUUAAGCCUGAACAUAGAAAUACUAAUAUAACUCUAAAUCCUGAUAAAAAAGAUUUGGGAAUUUCAUUGGUUAAGAAUCCUAAAAGAAAUUUUGACGAUUCAAAAUUGCAGAAUGUUACGAUAUUCGACUCAAAUAUGUCGAGACUUAAAAAAAAGACGAAAAGACCAAAACGUGCACGGUCACUUGGCUACUGCAAAACGAGAAAAAAUCAUAAGGAAAUUACAAGAAUUGAAAAAACUGAACCAGCAACUUUACUAACGCGUAAUGUAAAUGUGUUUAACAGUUUUAAAAGGGAUAUUACAUUAAUAAAUCAAGUUAGGCAAAAAUAUAACUCAAAGCUUUACAACAAACAUAUACGAAAAAUGAAACGCAUAAAACUAGACCAAGUAUGCAACACGAACCAUAAUGAGCUUUACAAAAUCAAAAGAAAAGUACGAAAUAGAAAUUCAGUGCUUCCAGCGAAACAUAAAACUGAUGAAAUACGGAUUAAACCAAAUGUCCGUGUAAACCUAAAUUGUAGCCGAAUAACUGACUCGAUUUUGCCCAAUAUACAAAAAUUGAUCCUUGAUUUCAAAAAUAUAAACAUUACUGAUUAUGAUUGUUUUUCAUCAAACAAUAUUAUUAGUGGAGAAACUGGAAUCCUUCCAAGGGUUAAUUUUUAUUCUAAAACUGACUGGCUUCUGAAAUUGAUCCUGGAAAAAUUAUCUGUAUUUGAUUUAGAUGAAACUAAUCUAGAUGCAUCCAAUGCAAUGAUAAAUAAAAAUAUAGGAAAAUGUCGGUCUUCAGAUUCAUGUUACGUCUAUUUUGCCAAGUCUCCGUACAGAAUGACCUCAAACUCUUCUCGGGUUAUAUUAGAUGUUUGCUUUCGAGAACAACUUAAAAAACAUCAUGGCAAAAAAAAAUUAACGAAUGCGUCGGAGACUGAAUUAAGCUCAAUAUUAAAGAGAGUCAUAAAGGGAGAACAACGUAAAAUAAACAUUCUAAGCGAUAUUCAGAUUCCUAGUCCAUUUAAGGUCGAGUUUCGAAAGAGGAGUGUUAGUAGUAUACCGUUCAAGAGUGGAACAGGUGUCCCGACAAAAAGAAGUCGAGGCGAGUCAAAUAAUUACUCUGCAUCCGAAAUUGUUAUUCAGAGAACAAGCUCUACACCUAACAUGUAUUUUAACUGUGAUGGCUUAGUGGACAGCACUUCUUCUGAUGACGAACAAGGGUUGGGAUCAAAAGAAAAAAAAUCUGUAAAGCAGCCUUUGGAUAUUAUUGUUAAGAAUUCGCCUAGGAUAUUGGAAAACUUUCAGCGAGGUGUGGCUAAAAACUUACCGAAGGCAGAUGAGAGUGACAAAUACUUUCAACAAACUUCGGCUGAAGAAACCGUAAUACUUUGUACACCUUCAAGAGCACCUGAUAAACGAAAACACUCAUUUGAAUCCAAGCCUCUGAUUAAUAAGACUAUUUCAGAAUAUAUGCAACCAACUUCAGUCUCCAAUGCCACAACAACUAGUAACGAAUUCAUGGAAUCUUCAAAAGAAGAAAACCUAAACUUGGAAGUUAUAAGGGGCCAACGCAAAAAGACACGGAACGAAUUAGUUAGUAAAAUGGAAAUAUCAAACAAUUAUAGUUCUACAGUUGAAGCAGCACAUAUUUCUGAACCAGUUCCUUAUGAUCUACACAUUUUUUGUAACGAUGAAAAACUAAAUCGAUCAUUUUUUAAAUCAUACUUAUCUGUAUCCGAAAAAUAUGAUAUUAUGCAAGGUUAUCGAACUAAACAAGGAUGUUCUACUCUUCUUACGCAAAGCAGUUUCUCUAAUUCUACUGUGGUUAAAAGAUGCCAAGACAAUAAGAUUAUAUUUAAUAAUUCGAGGUUAGCAAAACUAUCAAAUCAAGAGAAGAAUUUUAGCAUAAUGAACAGAGUAGAGUUUACUACAUUUAAGCCGGCAAGUAAAGCUCCCACGAAGGCAAAGGUAAAAUCAACGUUAUUAAAAUAUGGCAUUCCAAAAAUCAGACCGGAAGAACCAUUCUACAAUAACGUGGAAGAUGAGAAAGGUGCGAUUGAAAUGGGUCACAGAACAUUACGAAUUUCUAGUAAAACUACUGCACAUCUGGCCGAAUUUCAGUCAAAAUACGAUGGAUUUAAUAAAUAUCGGAAAAAAAUCAUGGAAAUUAUUUCCAAAUUACCUUGGAAUAGUAAUAAUGUGUCAACGCUUAAAAUAAGUCAUUGUGAGGAUAGAAGAAUAAUUAUUCGCCCUUUAAAAAAAACACCUCGGAUAGUGUCAGUUAAAAGCUGGCUAGUAGAAAAUGUUAAUAAAUCAGAAAAUUCUGUUACCGAAGGACACGAUUAUGAGGCGAACGUAACAUUAUCCCUAACCUAUUGUCCUCCUCAGUUUGAAAUAUCGGGAUCUUCGUUAUUAUUAUCACAAAACUCAACUAGUUCCGUAUUAGAACCAAGUAGAACAAAUAGCUUGGAAAUGCUUAAGCUUCGGGAUUCUAUUAUAUCAUCGGGCGAAGAACAUAAUUCAUAUGAAAUUACCGGAAUUUCUCAGAAACUUAAUAAAUCUGUUCAAAAUCUGCAAGUGGCUAGGGCCACCACUGAACAUCAAUACUUAACUACGAUGGUUAUGGAGCUACAUAUUAGAACCAGGGGAGAUUUUAAGCCCGAUCCUCAAUACGAUCCCAUCUGCGCCAUAUUUUAUUCUAUAUUAAAUGACUCGCCGGAUUCAAAAUCAAACAUCAAUGGAGUAAUCGCUAUAGACAAUCUUCCUGAAGAUCAGGGUAGUACUAAAUCAAAUUUUUUUAGCGGGUUAGACAAUAACUGUGCUAUAACUUUUGUAGAUGCCGAAAUUUCUUUAUUUCAAAGUUUAGUGAACUUGGUGAAACACUGGGACCCAGAUAUCAUUACUGGUUAUGAAAUAGAAAUGCUUUCUUGGGGUUAUCUUAUUGAACGAGCCUAUGUUUUGUCAUUCGACAUUAUACCUAUGCUUGGUAGGAGCCAGCUUCAUCGAUAUGGUAAAAUGAAAUUUAACCGAAAAUUGGUAGACUCUUUGGAAACCAGUAUCAUUGGCAGAAUACUUUUGAAUGUCUGGAGAAUUAUGAGACAAGAGAUUGCAUUACAGAGCUAUACCUUUGAGUCAAUUGCUUAUCAUAUACUCAAUAGGCGGAUAAGUAUGUUCUGCUUUAAGCAGUUAACGUAUUUUUGGGACCAUCGAACAAAUCACUACAGGCACAGAGUGGUGAAUUACUACCUUUUACGAGUAGAUACUGUUUUGGAGCUUUUUAAUAAACUAGACUUUUUAAACCGUACCAGUGAACUUGCCAAACUAUUUGGUAUAUUAUUUUAUGAAGUAUUAUCCAGAGGCUCUCAGUUUAGAGUAGAAUCCAUGAUGCUUCGAUUGGCAAAGCCUCUAAAUUAUGUACCAGUAUCUCCUUCGACCGAGCAACGCAGCAAAAUGAAAGCUCCUGAAUACAUUCCUCUCGUUAUGGAACCUGAGUCGAAACUUUACACUGAUCCCGUAAUAGUUUUAGAUUUCCAGAGUUUAUAUCCUUCAAUAAUAAUUGCCUAUAAUUAUUGUUUUACCACUUGUAUUGGACGAGUUAAAUACUUGGGAACAAAUCAUCCAUUUGAAUUUGGCGCAAGUCAGUUAAAAGUACCUCGGAAAGUGGUGGAGAAGCUUUGCAAGCGUGAUUUGCUAAACUUCUCGCCGUGUGGUGUUGCAUUUGUAAAACGAAAAGUGCGUGAAGGAAUUUUACCACGAAUGUUAAAAGAAGUGCUAGAAACGAGAUUUAUGGUAAAAAAUGCUAUGAAAGAGAACAAAGGCAAUGAAAACUUGUUAAAGGUGUUACACAACAGGCAGCUUGGAUUAAAGCUGAUCGCAAACGUUACAUAUGGCUAUACCGCGGCGAAUUUCAGUGGACGAAUGUGCUGCGUGGAGGUAGGCGAUAGCGUGGUUAGUAAGGGCAGGGAGACUUUAGAACAUGCCAUAGCUGUAGUAGAGGAAAAUGCAGAAUGGGAGGCCAAGGUAAGACUGGUUGUCUAUGGUGAUACGGAUUCUCUUUUCGUCUUAACGCCGGGUAAAUCAAAAGAGGAAGCUUUUGAAAUUGGAAGAAAAAUCGCGAAUGCCAUAACAAAAGUUAAUCCAGAUCCUGUAAAGUUGAAAUUAGAGAAAGUUUACCAGCCUUGUAUUUUACAAACUAAAAAAAGAUAUGUUGGUUUUAUGUAUGAAAGUGCUGAUCAAAACGAACCGGUUUACGAAGCCAAGGGUAUUGAGACUGUUCGGAGAGAUGGAUGUCCGGCUGUCACAAAGAUGCUUCAAAAAUGCCUGACACUAUUAUUUAAAACGAAGGAUAUAAGCCUUAUAAAGAGCUAUGUUCUUAAACAGUUCAACAAAAUUCAAGCCGGCAGGGUCAGUAUUCAAGAUCUUACGUUUGCAAAGGAGUAUAGGGGAUUUACAAAUUACAAACCAGAAGCGUGCGUCCCUGCUUUGGAACUAACUCGAAAAUGGCUUGCUAUUGAUAGGCGUAACGAACCAAGAAGGGGAGAAAGAGUUCCUUACAUCGUUGUUAACGGUCCUCCCAGUUUACCGCUAAUUAAAUUAGUCAGAAGUCCAAGAGAACUAUUAAAUGAUAAUUCAUUAAGACCCAAUGUCUUAUAUUAUAUUAGCAAAGUUAUCAUUCCACCGAUAAAUAGAUGUCUAAAUCUAAUUGGAGUGGAUCUGAAUAACUGGUUUCAUGAAAUGCCUCGUAAGACCACGCUACAUCUCCCAAAUUAUUCACCCACAUUGGUUAAAAGCACCAUUUCUCAGUAUUUUAUUUCAAAAAUAUGUGCUUGUUGUGCAACACCCGCUCAAGAGGGUUUAUGUGCAAACUGUUUGAAGAAUCCUCAUAUUUCAGUUCUAAGAUUAUCGGAAAAACUGAAGAAAUGGGAGCAAAAUUAUCACGACACAUUAUUGAUAUGUCAAACUUGUAGCUGCUCACUGGAUGAAGUUGUAUGUAAUUCAUUAGACUGUCCAGUUCUUUACAGACGAUAUCAAACAAUCAGUGAUCAUCAGCAGUCCUCGUACGUCAGAGAAUUAUUAAAUAAACUAGGGGCGUUCUCAUAUGAUCAAUGGUUUUAGAUUUCAUAAGCAAAUAUUUACUUCAUAUUACCCAUCAAUAAAGUCGAAACUAUUGUUUUUUUUUAAGUUAUCAUUCUUAAUCUUAGAAAUAAUGCUAAUUUUAUUUGUAUUAUAUUUCUUUGUUGCUCAACUUUUUCUUGUAUUCGUGAUGAUAAUUAUUCUCUAGAGUGAUUUUUUAUUAUAUAUCUGUCAAAAGAAUUAAAAAAAAGCAUUUGUAUUUUAGGUAUCAAAAUGUAAACCACAUAUUAUGUAGUUCUUAUCUUUAUCUUAAGUGCUUUAUAAUCAAGUAUUGUUUUCUUUUAUUUUUAAAAAUAUAGGUAUAAAAAAAACAGAACAUGUUAUUAAUCAAAUAA